UGCUCAGUGUCAGUUUAUUUCCCGUGCGGUUUGGUUGCCUUUUCGUGUUCUCCGCAUCCGCACAUCGAAGAAUUAUUGAAAAUAAGAAGAAAAAAUAAAAGAAACAAAUCAAAACAAUUACAAAUAACAACCUCAAAAAUAAACUCAAUUAAUAAUGCCGAUUUUCUAAUUGAAAUUUCUUGAGAAUAAAGUUUGAAAAGAUUAAGAGUGGAAUCAGGGAAAAAGUGAAGUGAGACCAAGGCAAUCCAAGAGGUGCACUCAUGACGGAAGAAUCGAUACUACGAGCACGUCAGAAUUGCUGUCGCUUGUGCUUGGCUCCGGACAGUGAAUGUAUUUCAAUUUUUAACAGCUAUGCGGCUGAUAAGGAGCCCCUAGCCAACAAAAUUCAAUCAUGUGUCAAUAUUAAGGUUUCGCCUAUUGAUAGAUUAUCGUUGCGGAUAUGCCACGCUUGUAUCAGUUACUUGAACUCGUGGCAGAGUUUCAAGAAUCGUUGUGUGGCGUCACAGAACAAACAACGCAGUUGGUUGGAUAUAUCGAAGAAGUUCGAAAAGAAACAGCUCAUAGCUGCGACACCAUUAUCUAAUGCCGCGGCUGCAGCUGCCCUAGCAGGACUAUCUCAUGAUGAUGGGAGUGUACCAGGGGGAGGCGGCACUACUGGAGAUGACCAAGAAAAUCUAAAACUUGCCACCUCCAUUCUGGAGGGUAUUUCAUCGCUUAAGAAAAGACGAUCCCUCACAGUAUAUCCAAUUCCAGUGCACAUCAAAGAUGAGCCCAUUGAUGAAGAAGAAUACGAUGCUAAGCAUGAUGAAUCCGAUAUCGAUCCAACACUAUUUCUAGAACGUAACGAAGAAGAAGGCUCAGAUAACUUGUCACAAAAAGAACAACAUUUGGCCUCGUUGGGAUUGAAACAAUCGGCGGGAAAUGUCCAUCCCUUGAGUUAUUUGGCUGACUACAAUUUUGAAGGUGAAAAAUCCCAACAACAAUCAGCUGAUAUUAAACCAGCUGAUCUAGCAUCUUCAACAACACCAACAAAUGAAGUGAAAGAAGCAUCAUGUCGUGCUUGCAAUUUGAAAUUCUCCACCCGAGCAAAUGCUCGACGUCACGAACGCAAUCUUCAUCCUCACCUGUUCUUGGGUGCUUUGUCGCAAAGCAGCAUAGCCACAAAAGCACUCAGUUUAAUUUCACCAAUGACACAAGCUAUUGCGGCCAGCGUUCCAAUGGUUCAAACAAUACAACCCGCUAUUAAAUCCGAACAGCUUGGUCUCUUUGACUAUGACCAGCCAGAAAAAUACCAACACCUCCUGAGCGACGAUAAGAUAUUGUUCAUGCAGCGACAGGAGGAUUUCCUGCAGCAAUAUCAAAACAUGACCUGCAACUGCUGCCUUCGCACCCAUGCCACAUACAAGAACUUCAUGGCACACAUGCGUAAGAAAUAUCAUUCGCUGCCGCGUAAUUUAUGCUUUAAGUGUCUCAAGCAGAACGACUCGAAGGCACUUUUUAUAUCGCAUUUGAAGAAACGCAACUGCAUUAACCUGUACAGGGUCUACCAUAGCUUGAUUGAUGCCGGCGUGUUGAAAAAAGACGCAUCUAGCUGCUCGCCGGACAAGCUACGCGCCAAAGAACUUCUUGUAAAUAAAAUCUACGAGUGCAAAAUAUGCUCCAAACACUACCGUUUAAAGCUGGAAUUCCGCAGCCACGUUUACGAGGAACAUGCAGACUAUCAAAAGAAGGACGUUUCACCGGGCCAUUGUGGAUUUUGUGGGUUGGAAAUCGAAGAUCCGUUCGAAAGGAAGCGCCACUAUAACAACAUGGAUUGCAUUGUGAUCCUGCGGUGCAUCACUUGCGAUGAGAAGUUCGAUAACCAUCAGAAAUUCUUGGACCACGUUUACUCGAAACAUCUGGCUAACAACAACGAAGCUCUAAAGAGCAAUCUUAUGAAGGAACUUCUGCCACCUCCUCCCGCUACUACCUCAACCGAGAGCUCGCCUUCGAAGAAAUCCGACAUCCCUGCAAAGCCGCAAUUCUUUUCACGACUACCUCAGAGCUGCAAUAUUUGCGGCCAACAUUACAACAACUACAACAACGUCUUACGUCAUAUGGAAUCGAAGCACCCCGAUCAACUACCCCAAACGUACAAAUGCACUCGUUGUUUGGUUGGCUAUCCAAGGCUAAUGAAUCUGCGAGAGCACAUGAUCGAGGUGCACGGCAUGAAGGUGGACAAAGUGCGUAACAACAGUUUUGAUUAUAUCGUGGACUCGCCAACGGUACAGGGAAGCAUUCCGCGUGGAGCCGAAAAGGGUGUUGUCGAUGCAUACACUGGACGUUAUGAUUAUGUCAUGAAAGACCUCAUGUCCAUAACCAACGGUGGAUCAGGCGGAAAUGAGGGUAUGGCCGACAACGAAGACGAAGAUAAUAAGUCCGACUCACCGACCCCUAAGAAAAUAAAGCUUGACAGCGGAGCCGUUGUGGCGGUGGGUACUGCAAGUCUAAAAGAAUGUCCAAUUUGCAGUGCAGUUUUCAAUAAUAACAUUGGCCUGUCCAAUCAUAUGCGAACCCAUUCAACAGAAGAUGGGGGCGCAGUUGGUGGUGGAAGUACCGCUGGUGUAAGUACAGCUGGAGGUGUAAGUAUAAGUGUUGUGGGAGGUGCGGGUGUAGAAGAUGACCUCCAUGACGAAGAUGACGAUGCAGCGGACAAGAAGCCCAUCGAUCCGCUUUUCAAAAGAAGCCUGGAGUUGGCAGCAGAUCGAAGAUUCCGAAGAAUGCGAUGCCGCAUUUGCCAGAAACGUUUCUCCUCCAAGAAGAGCUAUCGCCGUCAUAUGUUGAUUGACCAUCAAAUUCGCAACGUCCAGUUCAUUAAAUGCAAAUUGUGCGACGCCGAAUUCGCUUACGAAAAGGGUCUUAAGGUUCACAUGUUCAAAAUCCACAACACAUUGCUCAAGGACGAAAUGAUAGUCAAGCAGUUCGAGUGCGACAUCUGUUCAAUUGUAUACCGAACGGAGGAGCAGCUGUUGCUCCACAAGAAGUCAGUGCACGGCAAUGAGAGUGCAGCUGCCGAAGAUGACUUGCCGCCCUCAGUGGAUCAGAGUAUGGAAGCCUCGAUUGCUCCAGUAUACUGGUAUCAAUGCCGCUAUUGCCCCUCCAACUUUAACACCAACAAAAAAUUGGCCAUUCACAUUAAUUCCCACUACGAGUUCGAUUCGAACGACUACUCCUGUAAGGAUUGUGGAAAUGUUUACAGCGGCCGCAAAAGCCUCUGGGUACAUCGCUACAAGAAGCAUCCACCGGUCGCCGACCCCUCAGAGUGUGGCAUUUGUAAGAAAAUCUUCUUCGACAAACAAAUGUUGGAGAACCACGCACAGUCUUGUGCCCAGAAACGUGCGGCAGCCAAUGCUGCCGAAUCUGCAUCUACAUAUUUUCAACACAAAACAGGUGAUGACGAUGAAAUGAGUGACAAACCAGACACCAUCAGUGCUAUCGCAGAGAAGUCAACUGCUUCGGUGAAUUUAAAAAUUAAACUCCCCGAAGUUGCGUGUACAAUUUGUGCCCAGAAAUUCACCGAUCAAGAACUCUUUACCAAACACAUUCAAAUGCACGAGAUGGAGCUGUAUACGGAUAAUCCGUUGGCGGCUAUGUUUGACACUGGUCCAGCUGAUCCCAAUCAAUUCUAUUUGGAUCGGGUCAAUGACAAUGGACAAUAUGUUUGUGACAUAUGUUCAAAGGCGUUUGCCCAAAUGACAGCGCUGAAGGUUCAUCGAAAAUGGCAUUUUCGAGGUGAUAGCAAACAGACUGCAGUCGAUUUAAAUGCACCCAAAAAGACGGUGAAACGCAAGCGUGAACUUAAAUGCGACUAUUGUCCGUCAACUUUCAUUAGCUCAAACAAUCUGCGACGUCACAUAGCCGAGCUACAUAAAUCAGAAAUUUCCAAUUGGCCUGAACCACCUAAAAUCGAACCUGAAAAGUACCUUCAUUGCACCAAGUGUGACCUGAAAUUUGAAACAAAGAAAGACUGGAUCGACCAUAAAGUGAAUGAAGCAAAAAUUGCCAAACCUUUUGGUCCGUUCCAGUGGGGAUGCGAAAUCUGCGGGGUAUAUUUGUCGCGGCGUGAAAAGCUCAUACAUCACAUGUUGGCCCAUAUCAAAGAAGUUAAUGGCCAAGUGAAUUCAGAGGCUGAUAACUAUCCGGGUGAGAGUAAUUCGCAAGACUCGGAGACAUCUAGUCAUCAUAGGGUACCCGAACAUCCGCCACCAGAUGACGAUGAAGCCGAGGAGGAGGAAGAAGAAGAGGAGGAGUUUGAGAAUGACGAUGAUGAAGCUGAAGAAACUGUGGAAGCUGAAAAUCAUGACCAAAAUGCCAACGACGGACAAAAUGAAAGCUCAAAGUUGAGGCAACGAUUGCAGCGUGAUUCAAAUGAUGAAAGCAACGAUUCCACAACAAGCUCCGACUCCGAUGGUUCUUCUUCAGAUGAAGAAGAUGCCGAUGGUACAUCACGCCACGAAGAGACAAAAAAACGAUAUGCCUGCGAUUUAUGUCAAGUUGAUUUUGAAUCCUCUAGCGAACUUCAGAAACAUGUCACUAGUCAUUUCCUCAACGGUCCAGGUUCAGUCACAUUAACCACAAUAACAAAGGAAAAGUCAAUACCAGCUCAGAUACAUCAUGCGAAAGUUGACGACGACAAUGACAAUGAUAACGACGAAGAAGAUGAAGAUGACGACGAUGAUGACUAUGACAAUUUAACCGAUGCAGAUCCUGUAGAUUCAUAAUUUAAUAAUCCACUAGUGACUAGUGUAUAUAUAUAUAAAAACAAAAAAAAAAACAAAGCUAAUCAUUAAGCACUUCCUUCUUGUUUUGACUAUUUGUAGCAUUGAUUUUUAUCUAGAAAAUAAUUUGAUAUAAAUAAUAUAAAUAGUAAUAACCUUAAAAAAAAUGGAUUCACCAAGUUGAAGAAGCAAUUAAAAAAACAAACAAAUCUAUGACGCCAUUCGCAUCGUUCUCAAGAUUUUCAAAAAACAAAAAUGAAAAUGAGGAAAUCCAAUUUAAAUUAACAUAAGUACAUUUAAUUAAAUGUAAAAAUCAAUUAUAGUUCGUUCUAUAAUUAAAAUGUUAUUCGUAAAAUGGUUUACAUUUAUAUAUAAAAAAAACACACACCUAAUUAUAAGCAUUUUUAAAACUACAAAAAAAUGUACUAAUUUAAUGGUAAAAAAUAUAGUUUUUUUCUCUAUUGAAUAUUGAA